AAGAUCAAGCAACAAGCGAGUGGAUUUCCAAAAGAUUGCAAUACCGCAGAGAAGCGUCAGCAAUAUAUUGAUGAGUAUUUUGACAAGGAAGGAAUCAGGCUUGAACCUGAUAAAGUAGAAAAGAAUCCUGGAUUACGUGCGCUUGCAAAAUUGAUGUUAAAUUCAUUUUGGGGUAAGUUCAAGAAUCGUAUAUACAAGCAGUUCGUAUGUGUGGGAGCUAUAAACUGUCCAUUUUUUUAUGUAAUAUGAUAAAAUAUUUAAUCCCUUAAUUCUUUCAUAUAGGUAAGUUUGCGCAGAAACCUAACAUGGCAAAAGUGAAGCUCAUCUCUGAUCCAAGUGAGUAUUUUGACAUGCUAACGUCGGAUGAAAUCGAAGUCACUGACGUCUCUUUUGUAAGUGAUGAUGUUAUUGAAGUACGGUAUGAAAAUACAGAAAAUUUUAUUGACACAAACUCAAAAACUAAUGUGGUUAUAGCAACAUUUACGACGGCACAUGCCCGCCUGAAAUUAUACAGUGUGUUAGAGCGAUUGGAGCAACGCGUGUUGUAUUAUGACACUGAUUCUGUUAUUUUCACAAGCAAACCUGGGGAAUGGAAUCCUGAGACAGGAGAAUUUAUCGGGCAACUUAAAGAUGAACUUAAAGGUAAAUACAUAACCACGUUUGUAUCAGGUGGACCAAAAAACUAUGCUUACGAGACCAAUACUGGAGAGACGUGUUGCAAAAUACGGGGGAUUACAUUGAACUUUAGAGCUUUAAAAUCGCUAAACGUUAACACUGUUUGUGACACAGUUUAUCUUAGUCUUCUGUGUGACACAGGAUAUCCAAUUUCUGUAGAUAUACCGUAUAAAAUCAAUCGAAAUACCAGUAUUUAA